CUACUAAUUAAAUACACAAAUUUAUUCGAAUUCUUCAAAUCCCUGCAAAUAAUUUUUAGUUUGUGUCCUACGAAGGGUUUUGGAAUCCUAGAAACUUGCACGAAAUUCAGUGUUUUGUCUCUAUCAUCCAGCUAUAUAUAUGCGCGCGCGUGUGUGUAAGAGGUAUCGCCAUAUCUGAAAAAGAAUCAGCAUUUCUCACACCUGCCAUUGUUAGUUAGCUUCUUUCGCACGUUCGGCUUCAAGAACAUGAAGAAUCAAAGCAAACCCAUCUUUAUCUCUUGUUUUCUGAUCUUUGUGCUUCUUUGUUCACACUCAAUAUCAGUCACAGCGCAAGAAGUUGAGUAUGAGAGAGAGUUCGAUUACUCAGAAGAUGGUGAGAAGGGACCAGCACACUGGGGAGAUCUGAAGAAGGAAUGGUCAGCCUGUAAAACUGGAACCAUGCAAUCUCCUGUUGAUAUGAAGAUUGGAAGAGUGAAAGUGAUCUUCACAUCAGAAAAUUUAAAGAGAAACUACAAGCCUUGUAAUGCCACUCUUAGAAAUCGAGGCCAUGAUAUUUCACUAAAAUGGUUAGAUUACAAUGCCGGAACCCUAAGGGUGAACGGCGCCGAUUACGUGCUUGAUCAUGCUCAUUGGCACUCACCUUCUGAGCAUACGAUCAACGGCUGCAGGUAUGACUUGGAGUUACACAUGGUUCAUACAAGCAUUGACCCUAACGCUACAAACAAAAUUACUGUAAUUGGACUGCUUUACAAGAUUGGCGCCCCGGAUCCUUUCCUUUCUAAGUUGAUAAACACUAUAACGUCCAUGGCGGAUAAACUGGAAGAGAGAGACGUGGGCAUAAUUAAUCCAAACGAUAUCAACCUGGGUGGCAGAAAAUAUUUUAGGUACAAGGGUUCACUAACUACUCCUCCUUGCACUGAAGGUGUAAUUUGGACAAUCAUCAGAGAGAUAGACACUGUCUCGGUGGGCCAAAUUAGGGCACUUCGAAACGCUGUCUAUGAUUAUGCAGAGAUGAAUGCGAGGCCAUUGCAGCCGAUCAAUGAUCGACAAAUAGAAUUAUAUUUUCCAAAACCUACUCCUAACUAACUGGGAGGAGAUUGCAGAGUUUGGACGUUAACCACUUCUCAUUUUAUAGAAAUAAGAAUGUAUAAUGAGAAACAACGUUCCAAAUUAACAUGCAGGCUGCAGCAUUGUAUUAGCCAUGAUUAGGGUGGCUAUAGAAUAACCAAGUGUAUGACAUUUCUUUUUCUUCUUUUUAA